AUGUCCGAGUUCUGCGAGAAACGCGCCCUCCGAACCUUUUCGAAAAAUCUAAGUGCACGCACGUUGUGCGGCAAAGAAACCGGGCAUGAGCAUGCAAAUGAACGUAUUCGUUCGUGUGCGCGUUCGUAACAUCCCGGAUAUAUUUCUUACGUUUAUUUCAGGACCGGCACUAACCAAUAGUUUGGCACUGAGGAAGUAUUUGAACUGCCCAGUGCUCGUGCAACAUGUUUUUACGCACGCGUGCUGGCUAAAAAAAAAUUCGCUAGACAGCUAUUAUUUAUCAACCUUUACAUUAAUUAAAAUACAGCAAGUACAAUAGUUUUAUGCAAGACUUUAUUACUAUUUACGUUUCGUUAAUACAGGCGAUUCUCGAUACUCGAAGUUCACGGGGAAAAAAUAAAUUCGAUUUACUAAAAUUUUCGAGUUAUCAAAAUAUUAAUAAAAGGUAUUCAUUUAUUUAAAAAAAUUUACAUUAAAGAAAUAAUAUAUACGUACAUACUUACGCAUUAUUAUACAUACGUAUUACAUACUGUUUUUAAAUAUUUGGUCAAAGGUUAAUUGUUUAUGUUUUAUUUAAACCAAUGUUCUCAAUUUUAUUUUUAAAUAACCACACCUUCAUUGCUUUCGAUGUAUUUACGUAAUUUUUGUAAAGCAAGUGACGCUUCCUUACUUGUAAUGGUCCAAGCUGCAAAGUUCAAUUUGCGGGUUUUGACUUCUUUUUCAUUAUCACUGUCCAAUAUAUAGGAGACGAUAUCGUCUUCAGUUAAGCCUCCACAAAUAACCAAAUUUCCAUAGAUAUUGACGUAUGAUUUAAAAGUUUCAUUAAGAUUUAUCGUCUCUGUUAAUUUAUCCCAUUCAUCAUAGUUAUAACUAAUAAGUUCAUAAGGAUUAUUUUCAGUCGAUUACUAAAGUUCUAAAACCUGAUUUUGUAAAACAGUUUAAAACAAGUAAGUUUUGUAUUUCAUGAUCAUACUACACGUUAUAUACUACAUUUUAUUUCAAAAAUACAUUUAUAUUUUUUUAGUUCAACACAUAAAUGCAUUACAAAGGAAUAAAGAAAAAAACAGCUUUUGAUUAUUUCUCAAAAUUCGAAUAGUAAAAAUGUAUUUUUUGAAGAUUUAUGUAACGCAUUUGUUGCUGCAAAUAUUCCUUUGCAUGAGCUGGGCAAUCAUGUGUUAAAAUCAUUUUUGGAAAAACAUACUGGCAAAUCGAUUCCGGACGAAAACACCAUAAGAAAAGAUUGCAUACCAAAUAUUUAUAAAAGCAUUAUGGACCAAAUAAUCAAUGAUAUUGGAAAUAAUUACGUUUACAUAAUUGUCGACGAAACAACCAAUCCAAGAGGUUUGUAUAAAUAAUUUUUUAAAUUUCUUGUAUAAUAAAAUAUACUAUUUUCGUUAAGGUUUGGCUAUUGAAAAUGUAUUAAUUGGUACAUUAAGAUGGGACGCCUAGUAAAUCAUAUUUAAUUGCAUGUAAAGAACUAGAAUUUACCAAUUAUGUAACUAUUUGUCAGUUUAUUGAUUCCUCGUUAAAAAUAUUUCCUGGUAAUGAACAAAAAGCAUAA